UAAACGCACACAAAAACAUCGAACGUCUUUUAUACAAAGUUUUUUCGGGAUUGCUGAUCGACUGGGAAAAUACAAGAGUUGUUAUGUGAUUGCCAAAAAUUUGAAGGAAGUAAAAAAUACAAACUUGACGAGAUGUGGGUUAAGCCUCAGGAAGUGUUACUCGCCAACGCGCUGUGGGUAACUGAGCAGGCGAGUCCUUACUUUGUUCUGCAAAGACGGCGAGGUCAUGGGAGCAGCAAAGGACUUUCGUCAAUUCUUGUCGGCACCCUUGACAGCGUUUUUGAUACAAAACCACCUCCCUACAGAAUACUCCACCAAACACCAAAUGCGGAAGUUUUUCAAAUGAUUGCUUGCUCCCUAACUCAUGCGGAAAUCGAGGAAAAUUGGGAAUGGCUCCAAAGAAAUAUCAUGGACACUCUCUCGACAUUUGAUUCUGAAGAUGAUGUGACUGAGUUUGUUUGUUGUAAAAUCCACUCUCUAAUUGCAAGCCAAGCCCCAGCAAUUGAAGAUGAAGAGACAAAAACAUUUAAGACAACUGCAUUCAAAUUUCGAAGUCUCUUCAAUUUCCCUGCUGAGGAAAAGCUGGUCAGUUACUACUCAUGUAGCUAUUGGAAGGGCAAGAUGCCUCGGCAGGGCUGGAUGUACUUGACAGUGCAGCAUCUCUGCUUUUACGCAUACAUUUUAGGCAAAGAAACUCGGCUCGUCAUCAGAUGGAUUGAUGUGACUGCUCUGGACAAAACAAACAGCCUUCUCUUUCCUGACAGUAUAAGAGUAGCCACAAGAGAGAAGGAGCAUUACUUCUCGAUGUUUCUUCACAAAACAGAGACGUUCACAUUAAUGGAGCAACUGGCUAACUUGGCUAUGAAGCGGCUGAUGGACGAGAAGAGCGGAUUUAAUGAAGACAAAGAGCUUCUAAAAAAACUGAGCAUCAACGUCCCGAGGAAGGAUUCAUUCUUGAAAAGAGACCUUGAUGCAAGGGCCCACUCUGAAGCAUAUCGCUUGAAAUUUCACCUGCCGAACAGUGAGAAAUUAGACGGUACAUCAGAUGCCACUCUUUGGACUCCGUACAACAAACAACAUGUUUGGGGAACUCUUUAUUUGUCCCAAAAUUUUGUCUGCUUUGAUAGCCGAGUCGCAAAUCUUGUAAUUUUAGUGAUAUCUCUAAGAGAAGUUGGGUUAGUUGAAAAGGUCGAGUCAAACAACAUUGGAAAUAGUGACCUUUCAAUGCUCAUUACCAACAAAAAUUCGUCCUCCUUUUUAUUUUCAAAUCUUAAAGAUAGGGAUUUUGUCAUAAGAAAAAUAUCUGAGCUAUUAAGUAGAAUUAGAGUUAACAUCACAACGUCGAUUUCCUCUGCUGGAAGCAACACAGAAUCUGAUUACAAUAAUGACUUUGCCAACUGGAAUCCUCAACCACCUCUGAUGACACUGUUUGAGUUUCCCAACCCCUCUCCACCUGAAAUUGAGGCUGAAAAGGAGGCACAAUGGGAAAAGCAUUUCACCGAGUUUGGUCGAGGCAUUACCAUGUACCGCACAAUAGACCUGGCAAAGUUGGUGCUCGUCGGCAUUCCAAACAGUCUACGAAAGGAGCUGUGGACAAUAUUUUCAGGAGCAUUGACUGACAUGUCUAUGGCUGAGCCAGGCUUGUACCGGUCUUUGGUGAAUCAAGCAUUCCAAAAAACUUCAACUGCCAAUGAUGAGAUUGAACGAGAUCUUCAUAGGUCACUGCCAGAACACCCUGCAUUCCAGUCAGAAGUAGGAAUAUGCGCUCUGAGGAGAGUACUAAGGGCGUAUGCAUGCAGGAAUCCUCAAAUAGGUUACUGCCAAGCCAUGAACAUAGUCGCUUCAGUUUUACUUUUGUUUUGCUCUGAAGAGGAGAGCUUUUGGCUGCUAACUGCUGUCUGCGAACAAAUGUUACCAGAUUACUACAAUUCAAGAGUCGUUGGGGCCCUAGUUGACCAGGGCGUCCUUGACGACUUGACAAGAACUCAUCUGCCCGAGCUACAUGCUAAACUUGAUGAUCUCGGAAUGAUAAGAAUGAUUUCACUUUCUUGGUUCUUAACAAUAUUUCUAAGUGUCAUGCAUUACGACAGUGCCGUCAUAGUGGUAGAUUGUUUCUUUUACGAUGGUGCCAAAGUUAUAUUUCAACUGGCGCUGACUAUCUUAGAAAACAAUCAGGAUGCCCUUCUUGCAUGCAAGGAUGAGGGAGAGGCCAUGCAACUACUCACAAACUACCUUGAAGGUGUAACAAACGACGAGAUUAGUGAUAAUUUGAUAUCUCUUCACAAAGAUCACGAAGUAAUUGUGAAGAGCAUCUCGGUGCAAAAUCUACUUUAUGAAGCGUACAGCAAAUAUGGAAGCCUCCUAACUGAUGCAGGCAUAGAAAGAAUGAGAUUGCGCCACAGAUUGAGAGUUGUUCAAUCUCUUGAAGACAGUGUCAGUCGUAAUGUAGUCAGAAGUGUUGCUCCAGAUGGAUUCUUCACUAAUGAGGAGUUAUUGGAUUUGCUUUCACUUGUUAGAGAAGAACAAUUGUGCCAGAGAGGGAGCCAACCUGCUCGAGUAGCUAAUAUCGAUCCAUCCAUGCCACAUUACGAACUUUUUAAGAUAGAAUUUGAGCUCUUUCAGUUGUUAUUUAUCGGUCUUUCACCUUGGGGUCACUGUUCUCAUGCAGAAUCUCUUGCUGCCAGAUUAUUUAGAUUGAUGGACAGGGAUGGAGAUGACUUUUUAAACUUCCGAGAGUUAGUGGCAGCAUUUGGGAUGACUUCUUCUGCAGAUCUUACUCAGCGCUUAAAGCUAUUGUAUAUUUUGCAUUUGCCUCCUUUGUUGUCUGCAGCUGAAAUCGAAUCUCCUCAACAAGAGAGUGACGCUGAAGUCGCAGCAGAAGCCACAGAUUUUUUUGAUAGUUUCGAACAACAAGCAAGCUGUCUGGGUUAUGAUCUUUUGGCAGACAGAAUGGCUAGCCCAGAUUUAGAUGGAACGCAAUGGAGGAAAAUGAGUGUAUCUAGUUUGCACUCUCUGGUUUUGCCAAGCAAUUCAAGCAGGCUACAUUCCAAAGCCAUUCCCUGCAUGGCCCAGCCUUACUUCAUAUCCCUGUGGAAGACCUUGUACGACAUGUUCCAUGCUGAACCAGAAGAUGAGGAAACAUACCAUUCCAUUGCAAGCAUCGGAACUCUACUAUUGCAGCUAGGAGAUGUUAAUAAGAAAUUUCUUGUUUCUCGGCAAGCUUCUGUUGACAGUUUGCAAACACCAAGCUUAAAGGCUGAAACUCCCUCCAGUCCUCGAUACAAAGCGCCCCCCAACUUAGUUAUGGGAGAGGAAGAUGAUAAUGGAAACUCUUCUGUAAACAUGGAAAGCAGUGAAAGUAGUGGCAGCAAUUAUGCAUUGGCACUGCAAGCGUCUCCAAGCACAGAUGAAGAUGAGAAAACUCCAAACAACAACACAAGGAAGAAAACGGAUGGUCCCCCUCAAUGGUCUAUAACCUUGGACCAAUUUUUAGCAUCAGCCUUGACAGGAGCACCAAUUGUCACGUUCUUUGAAAGAAGAAUUAAUUUGAUAGAAGCAAUCGACCGUUUCAGGAAGCGUAGAUAUGUCAGACUACAAUCGUGGCCACCAGAGCCUACUGCUGCAAGCAGUCCAGAACGAAAAGUUUAGUAUUUAUGUUCAAAACUAAAUGCAGUUUACCAGUUCCUUAAAAUAUUAUUUUAAUAUCAGUUUUUCUGCCUGAAUUGUUGAUUUUUUAUUUUAUUUUAAUGAAGAAAGAUAUUUACAUUUUAAAUUUAAAGAGUUUAAGUACGUAAAUCAAAACAAUUUCAUGUGAUAUUUUAUCAGGUGAAUUAAAAUUUGGAAGCUCAUUUGCAAUUUUUGCUCUCAUAAAUAUCGUGACUCUAAAAAUAAAAUAUCAUACUUCUA